UCUCUCUCCUCUCUCUCUCUCUCUCUCUCUCUCUCUCUCUCUCCAGAGUGGUCUGUUACCUGACGGUUGGGGUUCAUAUAGCCGUCGGGGAGAGAGAGAAAAUCUACAUAUACGAAAAAUGUGUCCCACAAAACACAAGCAAAAGCACCAUCACUCCGCCGCCGCUAUUGCCAUUGAGGACUGGAGAGAAGAAGUAAUCAACGGCGGAUCCUUGAAACAUGUGGACCUCCACACUGGAUCCAAUGGCUGGGCGUCGCCGCCGGGGGAAAUAUUUUCCCUCCGUGGACCUGAUUACUUGACAGGAAAGGCCAAAAUUCCUUCCGGUGAUUGGUUACUCAAUCCGGCUGGGGUUGAUUGGCUCCGAUCCAACGCUAAACUCGAUCAUGUCCUCGCCCGGCCUGACAACCGCGUCAUGAACGCAUUGCGCAGGUCGAAAAAUGCCAAGACAUUCCUUGUCGCGAUAAAUCUUCAGGUCCCCGGCCGCGAUCAUUACUCUGCGGUGUUUUAUUUUUCCAGCAAAAUAGACGAGCCGAUUAAUUCGAAUCCUUUGCUCUAUCAAUUCAUCAAUGGAUCGGAUGCGUUUCGCAAUAGCCGGCUCAAGCUGGUGAAUAAUAUCGUUAAAGGACCUUGGAUUGUAAAAAGGGCGGUGGGGAAUUAUUCCGCGUGUCUACUGGGCAAGACGUUGAAUUGCCACUAUCAUCGGGGACCCAAUUAUCUGGAAAUUGAUGUUGAUAUUAGCAGCUCUGCCAUAGCUAACGCCAUUUUGCGGCUGACUUUAGGGUGUACGUCGGCUGUGAUUGUAGAUAUGGGGUUUUUGGUGGAAGCACAGACGGAGGACGAGUUGCCGGAGAAGUUGUUUGGUGCGGUGAGAAUUUCCCAAAUGGAGCUGAGUUCUGCCACGGUUGUUGAUAGCGGCACUCCGUCAAAUAAGGUUUUACCGAUCAACAGUGGCGGUGAAAGUGAAAAUGAGGAUGAUGAAUAGUGGAGAUUUCAUAAGAGAUUUUUUUUUUCGUUUUUUAAUUGAGGUACGUUUCUGAAAUUUCAUUUUGAUGAUGACGGCGAAAAGUUGGUGGAAUCCUUGUGCAAGGAAAAGUGAUGGGUGUAGAUAGUUACUGUUGGCAUCAAAGUUAAAUUAAUUAACUUUUCUUUCUUUUUUUCCUCUUUUUUUUUUUUUUUUGGAUUUCCACUUUUGGUGGUGAAUUUUUUGUAUUCUGCUACGUGCUAGAUCAUUCAUUGCCAGCAGAAGAAGAAUCAAUAACCCAAGUCUCAAGUUUCAUAUUAUCAAAUUCAAUUGUAAUGAAGAAAGAGGAAGAACCAGAGGUAUGUGGGUAAAGUUCUUUAUAGCAUAUCCUCAGUGCAUGGGUGGCCAAAUAAAGUAAGGGAGUCAAGAAUUGUAUUAUUCUUAUUUAUUUUGUAGCUGUAGCUGUAGUUGUAGUUGGUUGGGUAGAGAGAUUUCUGCGUUGGAUUCUUCUUUCUUGAGCUGUGACUGCUUUUCUGGUAUUUGGAUGUGAGUUGUGAGAGAUGAUAGGGAUAUUAUUGGCUGCAUGUGGUUGAGGGUUGUGCACAACUGUAUGUAUAGGGAUAUUAUUGGUUGCCAGGAAUCGUAUGCAUCACUCUUUCUCUUUCCUUCUCAUAAGCUGUUGAUGUUACAAAAAAUGUAUAUUUUAAUAUCUUGUCCAGGAAGUACAUUUUGGUCAAGAGACUGACAUGAAAAUCCCCCCUUCAAUGUGUACCGAUCUUUUUGUUUAUUUAGUUUUUCCAGGCGUCAUAUCUAUAUCCUGAGGACCGUGUACAUGUCUUUGUUUAUUUCACCUAUCUGUAUUUUUUGAGUUAAAGUGGAACUGAAACUACUCGUUAGCUGCAGCCCUUUUUGCACUCACAUACAAAGAGAAAGAGGCAAUUCCCACUUACCUAGUUCUCGGCAGCUUAAUUAGAAGGUUGGAAUCCUUUGCUUUCUGUGUGGUAGAAGAAAUCAAGAAAGUGGCCCUAUUGUUUCUUAACCCCAAAGUUUGUACUGAUUCCAUGGUGGUAUGCUCUUACCUACAUUUUUGAACCAAAGAAAUAAUGUUGCAACUAAUUAUCUUGAACUUAUUUAUGAGACAUCAGUUUUAAUUACCAGGUUGAAACAUUAUUUGAUAAUAAUACUGUCAAGUACAUGUUAAAUAUAUGUUUACACAAUAAUUUAGAUUUUUUAAGGGCUAAGUUUAUGUGAAUAAUAAUGGUUGACCAGCCAAUGAAGUUCUUAGUUGGGGAAACCAAAGCCCCAUGACCGUAGAAGUCGUGGACUCGAACUCCACAUUAUGCAUGGAAUGUUGUUUCUACUGCAUAGUAGGUGUUAUUUCUACUGUAAAUCUGUAAUAGUAGGUAUUGAGUAUAUUUAGUUUAUUCGAUAUCAUUAAUCAAACUGUGAUUGUUGUAAUAAUUUUUUUUAAAUAUUGAUAUCGGACAUAAAUGAUUCAUCGCUCUCAUUUCCAAAAAAUAAUAAUAAGAAUAAUAAUGGUUGACCAUAUUUUUUGGCCACCUUUAUCAGCUUAGCCCCGAUGUACAGUGAAUAUUGAGCUUGGCCCAGUCAGAAAAGGGGAGAAGAAGGGCCUUUUGCAUGAUUUGAUUGGUCUUUUUGAUUAUAUAACUGAAUCAUGCUUCAUGGUCAAGAGGAAACGACCCAUCUCAUCAGAUGAAUGAUGGGAUUGAUAAUAUUGAUUUAUGAAGAAAUUUUAGGCGAUUAAAGCACUGUAUGUUGUACAAAAUAGCAAGUUACUUCUGUUUGAAAUCAAUAAAAUUCUCUUCAUUCUGUCCUCAUUCAACCAAUUUAAAGAUUCUUCUUGCAAACCGGACACUGGAAGUCCAGUCCUCAAAAUGUUUACUAUGGAUGGGAUCAUUUUCUACGGCAGAAAGAAAAAACGAUAAAAAUACGGAAUUUCCAAUCCGGAUGAGGUCAAGAGAAUCUGGAUGGACAUGGUUCGGUAGAUGCUAUGUCAGAUCCACAAUACAUCAUAUAGGUGGAUGCUAGACACAGACCCCAGUUUUUAAAACUGAGGGUUAUGUAUUAAUCAUUAGCAUACUCAAUGCAAACGACAGUGUAGUGCCUAUUUAACCAGUCGCAAUAAGACUUUGCUUCCAUUCUUGGAGCAAGGGGUGGUAUCUUAACAGUGCAUCUCAAUUGCAUAUUUAAUGGCAAAGUUCAUAUAUAUAUAUAUAUAUAUAUAUACCUGAAAUGACAUCAAACUUUGUAGAACAUAGUGGUGUUUCCUACUUACGACCAUCAACCACAAGCCUGUAUAUGCUAUCACUAUACAUUUGCCUGCAAAUCUCUUAGCCAUUUCAGUUCACAUUUUCUUAACUGAUCCCUUUUCCCCUUCAGUCUAACUUAUUCUUACAUUAUAAACUAGGUAAGUGAAAUGCAUGUAUCAGUUCUGAGUACCAAUUUCUCACACCAUUUUACUUACUUACAUCC